AUGCGAACGUGCGGGAGGUUACGUCGAGUCGUCGUCGGCGUCGAUCGCGCGGCGCGAGCGUUUGAACAGAGCGCGCGAAGAGGGCAAAGAGGACACGGCGGUCGAUCGACGACGGCGCGAGCGAUGGCGCGGUUCGCCGACGUCCCGGAGGCGCCGAAGGACCCGAUCCUGGGGAUCAGCGAGUUAUUCUUGGCGGAUACGUCGAGCGACAAGAUGAAUCUCGGGGUGGGUGCGUAUCGGGAUGAUAAUGGUAAGCCUCAGGUGCUGAAGUGCGUUCGCGAGGCGGAGAAGCGAAUCGCGGGGAACUUUAAUAUGGAGUACCUGCCGACGAACGGCUUCAAGGAUUUCAUCAAGCACUCGCUCGAUCUGGCGUACGGUGAAGAUUCUGAGGCCGUGAAGAGCGGGUCCAUCGCCGCGGUGCAAUCGCUCUCCGGUACCGGUUCUUGUCGUCUUCUCGCGGAGUUUCAAAAGCGAUUCAUGCCGGGAUGCACGGUUUACAUCAGUGUCCCGACGUGGAGCAACCACCACAACAUUUGGCGCGACGCCGGGUGCGAGCAAACCACGUACCGUUACUACAAGGAAUCCACGCGUGGUCUUGAUUUCGAGGGCAUGAUGGAAGACAUCAACAACGCGCCGAAUGGGAGCAUGUUCCUCCUGCACGCGUGCGCGCACAACCCGACCGGCGUCGAUCCGUCGGCGGAGCAGUGGCGCGAAAUUUCCAAGGCUAUGAAGGCAAAAAACCACUUCGCGUUCUUCGACAUGGCCUACCAAGGUUUUGCGUCCGGCGACUGCGUGCGAGACGCGCAGUCGAUUCGCAUCUUCGCUGAGGAUGGUCACAAGUUCGCCCUCGCGCAGUCCUUUGCGAAGAACAUGGGCUUGUACGGUCAGCGCAUCGGUACCGUGAGCGUCAUGUGCGAGGACAAGGCUGAGGCCGUCCGCGUUGAGUCACAGCUCAAGGUCAUCGCUAGAGCGAUGUACUCGAACCCGCCAAUGCACGGUGCACUCAUCGCGUCGACGAUCCUCGGCGAUCCUGCGCUCAAGGCGCAGUGGUACGUGGAGGUGAAGGAGAUGGCUGACCGCAUCAUCACCAUGCGAACGCUCCUUCGCAAGCAUCUCGAAGACUCCGGAUCCAAGCUGCCUUGGCAACACGUCACCGAUCAAAUCGGUAUGUUUUGCUACAGCGGGAUGGCGCCGGAGCAAGUGGACAAGCUGCGAACCGACCAUCACAUUUACAUGACGCGCAACGGACGCAUCUCCAUGGCGGGCGUGACGAGCGGAAACGUCGAGCGCUUGGCCAAGGCGAUGCAUGAGGUGACGAAGUAG